UACGCGUGCGCAAAGGGACACAUGUAGUAAAGUCAAAUGGGAACCGCUACAUGCUUUAGAAAACAACCCUCCUGUUUGUUGCUUAAAAUUUGUCACGCGAAGUGAUUUAUAUUUGUCACGACGCCGGGACAGUGUGAGAUUACUAUCACAAUGGCAACUCCAGCUGUUCGGAUGUUUCGGAGGCUGGAGGGCCUGUUUUGUGUCUACAAACCCCUUGGUGUUCACUGGAAGCUCGUACGGGACACCAUCGAGACAAAUCUUCUUAAAGGUUUAAACUCAACACCUUCCCAGCCACUUCCUCACCAGGUCCGCUUCUUGCCUCACCCGAGCAGUGACACCGAAGCACCCAAGGGACUCACACUGACCGCAGCCUCAGUGCCGGUACUGGCCAAGCACCCUCUGGUGACUGGACCUGAAUUCCAGGAUAUUAAAGUUGGUGUAGGACAUCGUCUGGAUGCUGCCUCCUCUGGAGUUUUAGUUCUCGCUGUUGGAAAUGGGAACAGGACCCUGGAUGAGCUCUACAAGUCACGAGUCACCAGGGACUAUACGCUGGAGUGUGAAUUUGGGACUGCGACACACGACUUCUCACACACAGGUCAAGUUAUCGAAAGGUCCACUUAUGGUCACAUCAGCCAUGAUAAGCUGGAGAGAGUGCUGGCAAUGCUGGAGGGAGUCAACCAAAAGACUUUGUUAAUGUACUCCAACUUAGACAUGAAGUCACAGGAAGCCUAUGAGAUGGCCGUACAAGGUUUAGUGGGUCCAGAAGGGAAGUCGUCGCCCAUACUGACAGGCUUGCGCUGCGUUCGCUUCCAGCCCCCAAACUUUACUUUGGAGGUGCAGUGUCUGAAUGAAACUCAGAAGUAUUUGCGGAAAGUCGUGCACGAGAUCGGACUUGAGCUGCGCAGCACGGCAAUGUGCAAGGGAGUGAGACGGACCAGAGACGGACUGUUCUCCGUGCAGGACGCUCUGACCCGUCACCACUGGUCCGCCGCUCACAUCGAGGAGGCCAUCCGACAAUACCACUCCACUAAGAAAAAUAGGAAACGCUCCCAGUCACAGAGCAGGAAACCAGCACUACCAGCAUUACCAGCAGGUGAAGAAAACAUAACCGCUGCUCAGCAAAAUGAAGCCAGUGACGACGCAGUGGUAGGUAGGUAGAUAGGUAGUAUUAAAUAACAUGAAGCAGCUCCGUGAUCACAACAACCAACAGCCCUGAUGCUCCAUCCUUUCUCACAUCUCAGCUGCAUUUCAGAGCAGAGAUUUUGCUUUUGAACAUUAAAACUGGACACAAAAGGAGUUACUUUGAUAUAAAAAGUCUCUGUCAUUGUAAAUAUGGAAGAGUUUUCUAUUUUGAAAUAAAUGGAAGUAGAAAUGAC